GCCGCGUCUCCGUCGCUUCUUCACGCGGAGUUGAAUGUUUGAGGCCUGAAACGGGAAAUUCCCACCGACACCCGCUGACGUCACGGCGUACCGAGCGGCCGCACCGAAACGUGAACUCGGUGUUCGAGGUUUCCGUCGGUACCGUUAUUAGCAUAUCCGGUCCACAAACGUGCCCGGGCGCGCUUCGGCCUUCACCUGCGACCACCUGCACCGUCUCACCUGCGCGCAGACCUGGACCCGUUUGUGGCUAUUGGGCGCAUCGGUGCCCCUCCCCCGCGUCAAGCGUCCGCCGCCGAGGUUUCCAGGUCUUUCUCGCACCUGGAGCGUUAGGUGGGAGUCCGGGUGACCCUGGCCACCCGAACCACCAGAGAAGACCUGAUCGCCGGGCUCCCACCAGGAUCACUUGCGGCCGUCAGGAUGCAGAGCACCACCAACUACCUGUGGCUCAUCUCAGACCUGCUGGGUCAGGGAGCGACGGCCAACGUUUACCGUGGACGACACAAGAAAACGGGGGACCUGUACGCAGUCAAAGUGUUUAACAACCUGAGCUUUUUGAGGCCGCUGGACGUCCAGAUGAGAGAGUUUGAGGUUCUGAAGAAACUGAACCACAAAAACAUCGUCAAACUCUUCGCUGUGGAGGAAGAGUCCAACACCCGUCAUAAGGUCCUGGUGAUGGAGUACUGUCCCUGUGGAAGCCUCUACACAGUUUUAGAGGAGUCGUCCAACGCUUACGGCCUCCCAGAGGACGAGUUCCUCGUAGUCCUUCAUGAUGUGGUGGCAGGUAUGAACCACCUGAGAGAGUACGGCAUCGUUCAUCGGGACAUUAAACCGGGAAACAUCAUGAGGGUGAUCGGAGAGGACGGGUGCUCCGUCUACAAGCUGACAGACUUCGGAGCGGCCAGAGAGCUGGAGGACGACGAGCAGUUUGUGUCCCUGUACGGCACCGAGGAAUACCUGCACCCUGACAUGUACGAGCGAGCCGUGCUGAGGAAAGACCACCAGAAGAAAUACGGAGCCACGGUGGAUCUGUGGAGCAUCGGAGUCACCUUCUACCACGCCGCCACCGGCAGCCUCCCCUUCAGGCCGUUCGAAGGGCCGCGCAGGAACAAAGAAGUCAUGUAUAAAAUCAUCACAGAGAAACCGUCGGGGACCAUCUCCGGUCAUCAGAAGUGUGAGAACGGGAAGAUCGAGUGGAGCACAGAGAUGCCGGUGUCCUGCAGUCUGUCCAAGGGUCUUCAGAGCCUCCUGACCCCGGUGCUCGCCAACAUCCUGGAGGCGGAUCAGGAGAAAUGUUGGGGCUUUGACCAGUUCUUCGCCGAGACCAACGACAUCCUGCACAGGACCGUGGUCUACGUCUUCAGUCUGCAGCAGGCCACGCUGCACCACGUCUACAUCCAUGAGUACAACACGGCGGUGCUGUUCCAGGACCUGUUGUCCCGCAGGACUAGCAUCCCACUACACAACCAGGAGCUGCUGUACGAGGGCCGCCGCCUCGUCCUCGACCCCAACCGCCAGGCCAAGACCUUCCCCAAGACCUCCAGAGACAACCCCAUCAUGCUCGUCAGCCGCGAGUCCAUCACCACCGUCGGGCUCAUCUUCGAAGACCCCAGUCCUCCCAAAGUCCAGCCUCGCUAUGACCUGGACCUGGACGCCAGCUACGCAAAGACUUUUGCAGGCGACGUCGGACAUUUAUGGAAAACCUCAGAGUCUCUGCUGGUUUAUCAGGAACUGGUGCGAAAAGGAGUUCGGGGUCUGAUUGAGCUGAUGAAGGAGGACUACAGCGAGAUUCAGCACAAGAAGUCAGAGGUUUUCCACCUGUGUAACUACUGCACACAGAUACUGGAGAAGACAGAGCAACUGUUCGAGGUGUUGAUGCAGGCCAACGUGCUGUCGACAGAGUACGACGAGAUCUCGGACAUGCACAAGAAGGUUCUCAGGAUCUCCAGCUCUCUGGAGCCCAUCGAACGAACAACACAAGACAUCAAGAGUAAAUUUCUCUCAGGGGGCCUGCUGACCGACAGCUGGACGCAACAAGUGGGGACCCACCCCAAGGACAGGAAUGUGGAGAAAAUCAAAGUGCUGCUGGACGCCAUCACAGCCAUCUACCAGCAGUUCAAGAAGGACAAGGCGGAGAGACGUCUGCCGUACAACGAGGAACAGAUCCAUAAAUUUGACAAACAGAAGUUGGUCCUUCACGCCAGUAAAGCCAGAUCCCUGUUCACGGAGGAGUGCGCCAUGAAAUAUCGUCUGUUCAUCUCCAAGAGCGAGGAGUGGAUGAGGAAGGUUCAUCACGUGAGGAAGCAGCUGCUCGGUCUGUCCGGUCAGCUGAUCAGCGUGGAGAAGGAGGUCACCGUGAUGAUGGAGAGAGCCAUCAAGCUGCAGGAACAGCUGCCUCAGAAAGUCCUUCCUCUGGUGUCCAGUGGGAUGAAACCGCAGGCCUACCUGAGUCAGAACACACUGGUGGAGAUGACGCUCGGGAUGAAGAAGCUGAAGGAGGAGAUGGAGGGAGUGGUCAAAGAGCUGGCGGAGAACAACCACUUCUUAGAGAGAUUCGGGACGUUGACGCUGGACGGAGGGUUGAGAGGAUGAGACGUUUGUACAUAUUCAGUGUCUUUUUCUUGUAAAUACUGUGAGACUGUAAGAUGAAGUAUGGUUUUGAUUUGUUUUUGUUUUGUUUGGUUUUGUAUGAAGGGGCCUCUCGUCCGAUUCCAUCUGUCAUUCGAUCCGUUCUCGAACACGCUGGGACUCCCCCGCGUUAGAAACGGCUCCGCUCGGCUCCAUAUUUUCUCCUGAUGAUCGGUGACGGGACUCGGAGCUGCGAGCGCCCCAAGCGAUCCAGACUCGACCCCUGAAAACACACCAGGCGCCUCGGUCUGAAUCGAUUCGACAAAACCCCUCGGCGACAAAUGAAGGAGGUUUUCAAGGGAUACGUCCAACUUGGAGUAUUUGUCAAAUCCACUAGUUAUGACCGAAGGGAUUUGGUUUUAGGGCUCAGAGAUUUGUUCAGCUACACGUUAAUAAUUCAAUGUUGAGGCACUUGUCCAGUAUUCAGUUAUUUAACAGGUUUUCUCAGAUUUUGGACUAAAUUGAAAGGGUUUGAAAGUGUUCACUGGUGUUUCAUGGGUUUUUAAAAUGUACAAAACAUUUCAGGUGCCCCUUCACUUCUGCCUUCGUUUUUCCGUUAAGGUGCAAAUUCAGGUUCUUCCCGACAUGUUGGCUUAUUCUAAAGGAGCAGUGUCAUGUUUUAAGGGGUUUUUAAUGUAUUAAAUGAGCGAUUGAAGCUGUUUGGUUAAGACCUUUUUAAAAUUGACCAAAUAGCCUGAAGGCCCUUUCUUACAUUUAAAAGAGUUUUUGCUCUUUGCAAACCCUUUAAAUUGUGGAGAGAAUUCAUUUAAAAUGAAUUAAUAAAAUCCACGAUCCAUUAAUUAAUUAAUCCCAGAAUUACAGUAAUGUUUAGGUACAAGUUAAGACGUAUCUGGAAAGUUGAUUUUGUAUAUUUCAAGGGAUUUUUGGUCCCUAAAAAACUCCUAAUGUAGUUAGUACGUGAACGUGUUAGAAGGUCAAGGUAAAGCUGAUAAAUACCUGAAUACUGACUAAAAAUAUGAAUUUGUGUCUGAAAAUAUUUCAGAGCUCGAACCUUAACCUCAAAAUCUCCUCAGACUCGUCGAUAACUAAUCUGUCAAACGUGCCGACGAAGGGAAAAGUCGCGUGAGGCGCUCGAUGUGUUGUCGGGGGUGAAUUAAUGGUCAAACGAACAGGAUGCAAUCGGUCGAUAGUCCCGGUGACCGGGGGACCAGGGUCGGGUCCAUUCUCCCCUUAGCUGAAAAACCCUGGACGGAGCGCUUUCGUGUCAUUUGCUCAACUUUAAGGGAUUUUUUUUUGUUUUUUUACUUCUUUAAAAGCUCUUAACCUGCAGAAAACAACUCCAUCUUCUCCCUAAAGCCUCGUGGGAAUGGCGUCUCUGUUCACGGUCACACCGAUGCCAUGUGCAGGCAGAACUUCGAGGGGCUACGUUGCGGACUGCCGGUUCUGUUAGAUAUUAAUUUAUUGUUCUUUUACGGCCGAUCAAUAAUCACCGUCAGCUUCCCGCCCUCUCUCUGUAGCUCGGUCUCGUCACGUGCUUUCUCCGGACAGGAAGUCGCUGGUCGUCGUCAGUGACGAGCAGAAAUACCUUCUCACGUUCACCUGGACGGACACGUCAGCUGCUCUCCAUCUGUUUACUCUUUAAAAGAUGUCGAAGUUUGGGUUUGUCGAUCACCAGAAUUCAAAGUGCUCGGACUGUUGGAAAAACCUGUAAAUAAAUGAAUAAAUAAAUAAAUGAAUGAA